AUGGGUAAAGAAAAAAUUCACAUUAACGUUGUCGUUAUUGGUCACGUCGAUUCUGGAAAGUCCACUACCACUGGGCAUCUUAUUUACAAGUGUGGGGGUAUUGACAAACGUACAAUAGAAAAAUUUGAAAAAGAAGCUGCUGAGCUUGGUAAAGGUUCUUUCAAAUAUGCCUGGGUUUUAGACAAACUGAAAGCUGAACGUGAACGUGGUAUCACUAUUGAUAUUGCUCUCUGGAAGUUUGAAACUCCAAAAUAUUAUGUUACUGUUAUUGAUGCUCCCGGACAUCGUGAUUUUAUUAAAAACAUGAUUACUGGUACUUCCCAGGCUGAUUGUGCUAUUUUAAUUAUUGCUGCUGGUACUGGUGAAUUUGAAGCUGGUAUAUCCAAAGAUGGUCAAACCCGUGAACAUGCUCUUUUAGCCUAUACCCUUGGUGUCAAACAACUUAUCGUUGCUGUAAACAAGAUGGACACAACUAAUUGGUCCGAAGAACGAUUUAAUGAAAUCGUAAAAGAAGUCUCCGGCUUUAUCAAACGUGUUGGUUAUAAUCCUAAGACAGUCGCGUUCGUUCCGAUCUCCGGCUGGCACGGUGAUAAUAUGUUGGAAGAAUCAUCAAAUAUGACAUGGUUCAAGGGAUGGAAUAAAGAAGUUAAAGGAGGUUCUUCUAAAGGAAAAACACUUUUGGAAGCCAUUGAUUCUAUUGAACCACCAUCCAGACCUACCGAUAAACCCCUCCGUUUACCUCUCCAAGAUGUAUACAAGAUCGGUGGUAUCGGUACCGUCCCAGUAGGCCGUGUUGAAACUGGUGUUAUUAAAGCCGGUAUGGUUGUUACUUUUGCACCAGUGGGUCUUACCACUGAAGUCAAAUCGGUAGAAAUGCAUCACGAACAAUUGGUUGAAGGUGUCCCCGGAGAUAAUGUCGGUUUUAACAUCAAGAACGUGUCAGUUAAAGAAAUUCGUCGAGGAUUUGUCUGCUCCGAUUCUAAGAAUGAUCCUGCUAAGGAAUCUGCAUCUUUUCAAGCUCAAGUUAUUGUCCUUAAUCAUCCCGGUCAAAUUGGUGCCGGUUAUGCUCCUGUAUUGGAUUGUCAUACGGCUCACAUUGCUUGUAAAUUCGCUGAAUUGCAAGAAAAGAUUGAUCGUCGUUCCGGUAAAAAACUCGAAGAUAACCCUAAAUUCGUUAAAUCUGGUGACGCUGCCAUUGUUAAGAUGAUUCCCUCUAAACCCAUGUGUGUCGAAGCUUUCUCUGAAUACCCUCCACUAGGGCGUUUCGCUGUAAGAGAUAUGCGUCAAACCGUCGCUGUAGGAGUUAUUAAAUCCGUCGAAAAAGUUGACAAAACAGGCAAGACCACUAAAGCAGCGGUUAAAGCUCAAAAGAAAUAA